AUGACGUUCCCGUUCGUGUACGAUCCCCUCGACGAAAAGUGGAAGCACCCCGCCCCGUACGCCAGCUGCUUCUUCCUCGAGAAGGCGUACAUCGACUUGAGGUGCCGGACCCUCGUCAUCCGCAGUCUCCCCUUCCUUGCUCGCUCAACGGUGCACCUUCCCGACUCAAUCAGCAAGCAGGAAGACCACCCGAAGAAGAUCAUCGGCAUUGUUCCACCUGACUGCAUUGUGAUGUCCGAAAACGACGAGUACUACGCUGGCAUUGACGAGCGGCGCUGCAACAGUGGCAUUUGCAAUCAUAGCAUCUCCAGCGAGGCGUCAAGCUCGGCGCCGAACGCGAUGAUGUGGGGAGGUGCGCCCUUCCAUGCCGCCCGCUUCAUCACGCUUGUAUUCUGGACCAAGUCGCCCGAGAAGGAGUGGAAGCCUCCCCGCAAGCACUUCCACCCCCUUUCCGACUCUGAGACCACGGAAGACUCCGACAACUCGGUCUGGGAGUCGUACAAGAAGCUCGACGAUUCGGCCGGCAACGUGUACGGCUGUCGCUUCUCGGACUGGAUGAUGCGCGAUCUCGCCCUGGGGCUGAGUCGGCACGUCACCGAAGGCGACGAGCCCAUGGGCAUCACGAUCGUCAACGCUGUCGCCUUCAUGCCGCCGCACUACUUGCGCAGCCAGAAGUAUGCCGAGCGCCUCCGAUCUGGCGAGGCAACGCACGCAACUGCCGAAGAGCACUUCAUGCAAGCCGUCAAGUGGGAGCAGAUCCGCGAGAAGCGUCCUCUCGAGAUCAAGUUCCUCACGAUGCAGGAGUGGAUCAAGACUGGCGAAUGGGAGGAUGCACUCAGCGAGAGGGAGAUGCGUCCUUGGCUCGACUCGAUGGCGAACGAAGCGUGA